UGAAACAAAACACAGACAAACCCCCGUACUUUCUCUCACCCACCAUCAUCAUCAAUAUUUCAAUUCAAUAAUUCCAAUACAAUACUCCAUCGCUUUGUCUUGAAGAGUACGUGAACCGCCCUCUUAAGCCAAAGCCCAUAAAAAUUAUUCCCCUGUUUGUAUUAUAUUAAUCCCACAACAGUCCGUACACGCCUCACCUUCAAAGUCUCAAAGCUCAGAGUCUUUUUGAAACCCAAAAAUGGCUUCUUUAACCCCAAUUUCGCAAUCCCAGACCCUUUUUAACAAGACCCAGUUCCUCGCUAACCCCAAUUUAGGGUCUGAUUUUUUGCCCAAGAAAUUCUCCGCUUCGUUUCCCAAGAUGACUACUAGGUUUCCCACGAAGGCGGCUGCCGCCGGAGUUGUGUCGGCGACGACGGCGGAGAUGCCGAAGAAGAGGUACCCCGGAGAGGCAAAAGGGUUUGUGGAGGAGAUGAGGUUUGUGGCAAUGAAGUUGCAUACUAGGGACCAGGCUAAGGAGGGUGAGAAGGAGGUGAAGGAGCCUCAGGAGAGGCCGGUGGCCAAGUGGGACCCGACGCUUGAUGGGUACUUGAGGUUUCUUGUGGAUAGCAAGUUGGUGUAUGACACCCUUGAGGGGAUUGUCGACGAGGCUCCCUUCCCUUCUUAUGCUGAGUUUAGAGAUACUGGAUUGGAAAGGUCCGAAAAGUUGGCAAAAGAUUUGGAGUGGUUCAAGGAGCAAGGCCAUGCCAUACCAGAACCUUCUGCUCCUGGUGUAACCUAUGCUGAGUAUCUUAAGGAACUGUCGGAGAAGGAUCCUCAAGCAUUUCUCUGCCACUUCUACAAUAUAUACUUUGCUCAUUCAGCUGGUGGACGAAUGAUUGGGAAAAAGGUGGCUGAAAUGAUCCUCGACAAGAAAGAUUUGGAAUUCUAUAAAUGGGAUGGUGAACUUUCCCAAUUGUUGCAGAAUGUGAGGGAGAAAUUGAACAAAGUUGCAGAGAGCUGGACGAGGGAGGAGAAGAACCAUUGCUUGGAAGAAACAGAGAAAUCAUUCAAACAUUCAGGGGAAAUUCUCCGUCUAAUAUUGUCAUGAUAGUGCUGCUGCUACUGCUGUUGUGAUCUUCUGUUUCUUUUAGCUUGAUGUUGUAAACUUCGUCUCUGGAGACAUGGGAUUACACUCUGCUAUAGAAAAACAAUUGUUCACUAUGUAAAUAAGCUUCAUCCUAUCAAGCCUUUUAAAUUUA